AUGAGUUACGGGUGGCUUACUGAGAGUACUUUAGGCCCCAAAAAGCCCAAAGAAAUUUCUGUUCCAAAAGGCUCUAUCGCUUCAUUGAAUAAUAUUAUCAAAAGGCAUAUUCAGAAGGAUAUUGAGAAGCAUGAACAGAAACGAAAACAUAAGAAGACUGAUCUCUUCGAGCUAAGUAAUCCGGGAGUGGAGCUAAGAAAUAAAAUCGACAGGAAGGAAUCUACAAUAAAUCGCAGAGAUAGGAGAAAGAGGAUGGAACAAAAGGCCAAGCUAUAUAAACAAAUGAAUGAGGGGAAGGUGGAUCCGGGCGAAAACAGUGAAUUCUUGGUAGAUUUCAAGAGAAAAAUUCAGACUGAACAACAUAAUUUAAAAGAAGGGGAAGAAGGUGUUGAGGAUUCAGAGGCCAAUAAAAUCAAUCGAGAAGAAUAG